UCUUAAAAUCCUAACCCAACUUUUCUAAAUCUGUAAUCUCCUAUUCUUGGAAUCCAUUUUUUUUUUCCUACACUGCUAGCUUUUUCACCGUCAUCCUUCUCUGUUCUUCCUGCUACUCUCAUUCGCAAUUCUCGUCACUUCACACACAAAUUCACCUUCUAAACUUACCAAAGUUUUCUCCUUUUUCUCUUUUUGUUUCUGGGUUUCUCUCAACGCCAUGUCUAAAAAGGAAGAGCCAGUUGCAAGUUUAGAGGGGAGUAAUCCGUCCGUCAUGAACUCUGUUAAUGAAGCUUCUAACCCUUCUUGGUUUACGCCAUUGAGGUAGAUUGCUUAUUAUAUUUUGUGUCAUCCACCUGAUAAAUUAUAUGGAUAGAGGGGCCAUGGCAAGCAACGGUGUGAAUGGGCACCGGACAAUUUGCACAGCUGAUGGUACAUGUACAGCUGGUUCCGGAAUACAGGGGCAAUUUAACUUGAGCAAUUUUGAGGAUGGAGUUUUAUCCUCUGCUUUUAUGGUCGGACUUCUUCUGGCUUGUCCGAUAUUUGCAUCAUUAGCAAAGAGGGCGAAUCCAUUUAGACUUAUUGGUGUUGGAUUAUCUGUUUGGACUUUGGCAGUAGUUGGCUGUGGUUUUUCAAUUAAUUUCUGGUCUAUUGCUGUAUGUCGCAUGGUUGUUGGUGUUGGUGAAGCUUCAUUCAUAAGUCUUGCUGCGCCAUUCAUUGAUGACAACGCACCAGUUGAAAAGAAAGCGGGUUGGCUUGGAAUAUUCUACAUGUGUAUUCCAACCGGUUAUGCAAUUGGUUAUCUUUAUGGUGGUUUUGUUGGACAACAUCUGGGCUGGCGCUAUGCAUUCUGGGGAGAGGCUAUAUUGAUGGUUUCAUUUGCAGUUCUUGGUUUUGUUAUAAAACCCUUGCAAUUGAAUGGUUUUGCUCCUCCGGAGACAACUAAUGCAUCAAUACUAGUAGAUGCAACUUCCUCUUCGGUUAAAGAUGAUCUCCAAACUAAAGUUGCAGUAUCGCCAGAGGAUUUCCAAGAGAAGAGUGCAGAAAAUUCUUCCAAUUCUGUCCUUAGUGAAGUAUUGCGAUUUAUGAAAGAUAUGAAAGCACUCUUGGUCAAUAUGGUUUUUGUCGUCAAUGUUCUAGGUUAUGUGGCAUAUAAUUUUGUCAUGGGCGCAUACUCAUAUUGGGGGCCAAAAGCUGGUUACAGUAUUUAUCAAAUGAAAAAUGCAGAUAUGAUAUUUGGAGGGAUUACAGUUGCGUGUGGAAUCUUUGGAUCUCUGGCCGGAGGUUAUAUUUUGGAUCGCCUAAACAACACCAUCCCCAAUGCUUUUAAGCUUCUUUCAACGGCAAUAUUAAUCGGCGCAGCAUUUUGCUUUGGUUCCUUUUGCUUCAAAAGUAUGUAUGGCUUCUUGGUUCUUUUCUCAAUCGGUGAAGUGCUAGCAUUUGCCAUUCAGGGUCCGGUAAAUUUCAUAUGCCUACAUUGUGUUCCUCCUAAUCUAAGGCCACUUUCUAUGGCUAUUUCUACUGUUUCAAUCCACAUUUUUGGAGAUGUACCAUCCUCACCUCUUGUUGGAAUUCUCCAGGACCAUAUUAACAACUGGAGGACGACUUCUCUAAUUCUUACAGGAUUUCUCGUCCCAGCUGCCAUUAUAUGGUUCAUAGGAGUAUUUCUUCCCAGUGAAGAUAAAAGUAAUGAAGAUUGUGAGAAGCAAGUCAUGCCGAAUAGACCGACUGCAGGUUCUGCACUCGAAGUGGAGAAAGUACAGCAAACAAACAAAGCUUCUGCCGAAGCUUAAGGUUCCAUAUUCCCAACUCUCCCUUUUUAGUAUGAAUUUAGUGUUUCUUUGGUGUAAAUAGACAAUAUUUUUUAUGAUUCAUAUUUCUUUUAGUGUUUCCACACAAUUCUUUCAGAUAAUAAAAGGUGGAAGAGCCUUUGCAUUUAGAUCA